UGUUAGACUAUUAAAAAUGGUACAGGUGCGAAUCAGUGAUGGUGUGUUAGAAGGAAAGGUGACCAAUAAUGGACAUAAGGGAAAGAUCUAUAGCUUUAGAGGCAUUCCUUAUGCUCAACCACCACUAGGAGACCUGAGGUUCAAGGCACCUCAGCCAGUAAAACCUUGGAAUGGAGUGCGAGAUGCAAAGAAGUUAGGAAAUGAAUGUUAUCAAUAUAACAUAUUUUCCAAAACGUUGAAUCAAGGAAGCGAGGAUUGCCUGUACAUUAAUGUUUUCUCACCAAAUCUAAAACCCACCAAUCCGCUGCCGGUCAUGGUUUGGAUUUAUGGCGGAGGUUUUACCUGUGGAAGUGGUUCCGAUGAAUCAUACGGACCAAAUUAUUUAAUAAGACACGACGUUAUCCUUGUCACGUUUAACUAUAGACUCGAGAUUCUUGGCUUCCUUUGCUUAGACACCGAAGAUGUACCCGGCAAUGCGGGCAUGAAGGAUCAGGUUGCUGCACUUAGAUGGGUCCAAAAGAAUAUCAGUAACUUUGGGGGUGAUCCUAACAACGUUACAAUUUUCGGAGAGAGUGCCGGAGGGGGCAGCGUUUCUUUUCACCUUUUGUCCCCUAUGAGUAAAGGUUUAUUUAAAAGAGCCAUACCACAAAGCGGGCUCGCUAUCGCUCAUUGGGCUACAGGCUUUAAUGUCAAAGAAAGGUCGUUGCAAUUAGCUAGAGAAUUAGGAUGUAAUUCAAAAGACGAAAAAGAAAUAUAUGAGUUUUUCAAGGCACUACGUUUUGAAACACUCGUAAAAAAACACAUAACAGUGACGUAUGCGGAAACAAAUAAAGAACUUCUUAUUGUGCCAUUUAGUAUUGUUGUAGAAAAACAAUUCGGAGAUAAUGAACGGUUCAUGGUCGCUGAACCUAUUGAAGUAUUACGUAAUUGCGGAAUACAUGAUGGUGUGGAUGUUAUGGAAGGCUACACCGAAGAUGAGGGAGUUGUAUUCUUAGCGGCCGGCAAGGAUGUUUAUAAAAUGAUAUCCCAGGCCAACAAGUAUCCAGAAUUUUUAGUGCCGAAAACUAUGUCUAUAUAUUGUCCUCUAAUCGAUCAAAUGGAAGUUGGUAAAAUGAUAAAACAAUUCUAUUUUAAAGACGAGGAUGUAUCUAUGGACAAUUUGUACAAUUUGCUAAAGUAUUUCGGUGCAGAAUCCUUUAAAUAUCCAACGAUUUUAUUCCAAAAAAUUUGUGCAAAAAGAGGCAAAAACAACAUUUUUCUAUAUAAAUUUACCUGCAAAUCGGAACUAAAUGUUUUCAAACAUAUAAUGGGAGUCGAAGAUUUUAUAUUGCGUGAUAAAACUUUAGUCAGUCACGGGGAUGAUCUUCCUUAUAUUUUUCAUAUUAAACUAUUAACAGACAUUAACCCAAAAAUCGCAACAAACUCCAGAGCUUUGAAGAUGAUUGAUCAAGUUACAAAACUCUGGACAAAUUUUGCAAAAUACGGUAACCCAACUCCAGAUGAGAGUCUUGGUGUUAUAUGGAAGCCGUACACUUUGGAAGGACAAGAUUUUUUGGACAUAGGUGAAAAUUUGGUGGCUGGUACCAGACCGGAUAAAGAUGAAUUGGAAUUCUGGGAAAGGAUUUACACGAAAUAUUGUCCAAAAUAUGCACCAUGAAAUAACAUAAAGAGAUAUUUCAAUAAAAUCCUUACUAAUCCUUAUCCUUACUAAUCCUUACUAAUAUCCUUACUAAUAUUA